AUGUCUACCGGCCGAUGGAGUGAUCCCGUGUUUGUCAAUGAUCCUUAUUUGCGAGUUCACGGAUUAGCCCCUGGAUUGCAAUAUGGACAACAGUGUUAUGAGGGUCUCAAAGCCUUUCGAACUCCAAUGGGCAGGGUGUCCAUUUUCAGGCCUGAUAAACACGCCAAAAGAAUGAGUCACUCAACUUCAACCAUUAGUAUCCCUAACAUACCCGAAUCUCUUUUCCUAGCUUCUGUUGAGCUAGCCGUAACAAGCAACUCAUCAUACAUACCGCCUCAUACCUCUCGAGCUAUGCUAUACAUCCGCCCAUUUGCAUUUGGAUCAUCAGAAAUGAUUGGGCUCGUUCCUCCUUCAGAGUUCAAAUUCUGCGUCUACGUCAAGCCCGUGCCAGCAUAUCAUGGACUUUCAGCUCAAGAUGCCUUAAUUCUCAUGGGCUUCGACCGAGCCGCGCCGCAUGGCCUAGGACACGCCAAGGUUGGCGGUAACUAUGCGCCUGUUAUCAAGUGGAGUGAACAGGCCAAGGCAGAUGGAUUUGGCAUGACUCUACAUCUUGAUAGCAAGACCAGAACCGAGAUCGAUGAAUUUUCAACUAGCGGCUUUCUGGGGAUCAAAGUAUCUGAUGAGGGGGCUGUCACAGUGGUGGCACCCAGUAGCCCCUGCAUUAUCGACAGUACAACAAGCGACUGCUGUCUUCAGCUUGCUAGGCAUUAUGGAUGGAAAGUGGAAAAGAGACCAAUUAAGUAUACCGAGCUCCCAGAAUUCUCUGAGGUAGUUGCCGUCGGUACCGCAGCUUCGGUUGUUUCUAUUCGGUCUAUCACCUUGGAAGAUUCUAGCGAGACAGUUCGAUAUCUGGAUGCAACCACCAACCAAGGACGGUAUGCUCGCAAGUUGUCAACCUCGUUGGAUGACAUUAUGCAUUGCAGGGUUGAGGAUGUAUUUGGGUGGUGCCAUCAAGUUGGGGAGGCCCCAGUUAAGGAUGUACCAACCCGACAAAUGGGGUCUUCAAACAAGAAGGCUGCCUUUGUUGAUAUUAUGACGCUGUCUUGUGCAGGUCAAGGAGCGCGGUUCUCUUGCCAUUAG